AUGCCCCCAUUUGCUGGCUCUCGCAAGAGACCUGCUCCUGGAACAUCGCCUGCAGCACAACCACCAUCACAACAGGAGAGCGCUCUAAGCUUCCCUAUUGCAACGAAUUCGCCGCGAAUGACGAAUGAACAGUUUUUGGGCUGGAACCAGAACGCCAUGGACGGCACGAACUUUGCUUUUCCUGACCCUUCUGCGCCCUACGGGUCCAGCACCUUCAAUAGCGUCGGUGGCGGUCUAAAUCAGUCGAACGUGGUUGCCGCAACACCCUCAAAUCAACUGACGCGUCGGCCGACCACUCAGCAUCUUGUUUCCAGACCUAGACCUUUUCACGACGCGCACAAUGAUCCAUGGGCGGAUUUUGGGGAGGAAACUGUACCGCAACAGAACAACACAUGGUCAAAUGGGAACGAGGAUAUCACUCAGCUGGAGCAAAGAGCCCUUGUAGCAAAAAGAGACGCACAAGCGAAACGAAAACAGAUACCUCCUUUUGUUCAGAAACUAAGCAGCUUCCUUGACGAAUCGAAAAACACAGAUCUAAUUCGAUGGUCCGAUAAUGGUGAUUCCUUUAUUGUUCUGGAUGAAGAUGAAUUUGCCAAAACACUCAUUCCUGAAUUAUUCAAACACAAUAACUACGCUUCAUUUGUUCGCCAGCUUAACAUGUACGGCUUUCACAAACGUGUCGGACUGUCGGAUAAUUCAAUGAGAGCAAGUGAGAAGAAACACAAGAGUCCAAGCGAAUAUUGGAACCCUUACUUCAAGCGGGGCCAUCCCGAACUGCUUUGGCUGAUCCAGAAGCCAAAGAACCCGGCCCCAGCCGGGGCUCCAAAAGGUGGAAAGGCUGGAGCAAGAGGAGGCAAAAGCGAGAGCGUGGAUGAUGGCAAUGUUCGAGAAGAAUCAUACGAACAUGAUGGAGCUGGCGGAGCAUUGAAAGGAGAGAAUGAAGCUCUCAUCGAACAGGGCGGUGCCAGUGGUCGUGGGCUAAUUGCACUUCCUCGAAACGAGCUUGCCAAUGUUCGGGAGGAGCUGGAGACCAUACAAAACCAGCAGAAGCAAAUUGCCGGGGCAAUACAGAGGCUUCGACAACAGAACCAGCAACUGUACGAGCAGGCGGCUGCCUUCCAAACUAUGCAUGACCGGCAUGAAAACUCAAUCAAUGCCAUCUUAACCUUUUUGGCUACCUUUUACAACAGAAGCUUGGACGGCCAAGGGGGACAGAACUUGGCGAGCAUGUUUGCCGGAGCUAUGCCUCAUGACGCAAAAGGACAGCGCAACGUAGUCGAUUUGAGUGAUUUUCAGCCACAAACAAUGGACGCGGCCGCGUCUCCGAUGCAGAGACCUCCGAGAAAGGCUCCGUUGUUACUCAAAGCACCACCUGCGGAGGGACAAGACACUUACCAUGGCAAGGUGACAAGCGUCUCGCCUGGAGCGACCUCGCAGCACUCUGAUAUACCCCGUCAAUACCCCUAUAAUGUCCACAACCGAGCAUCAAGUCGCUCCGGGACUGUUGAGGAAGUCGUCGACGCCCCGCAGUCUGGCAGCCCGCCUGUCAAGCCUGACCAUGACCUUCCGCGUCGUACAGGCCACACACCCGAGGAGGACAUCAUGUCUCUCAUCAACAAUGCAAAUGCUAGCAACGAGGACAUGCAAGGACCCGGUUUCGACUUCCCUGCAGCUCUAAACCAUUUCGAGAAUGCCGACGGAAACACGCCUUUAACGAACAAACAGCGAACCGAUAUGCUCAACCUCAUGGCCAAUAACGCGAACGCCACCAAGAAUGACAAUAACAACGCUCUAGUAUCUCCUGCACCGCCACCAAUGCCUGGCCUUGACCAACUGCAGAGAAACCGAGAAGAACUUGACAUGCUUUCGCGCCUUCAAGCCGAGCAGGAUUCCAAAGUUCAGCAUCUCACCAGUAUGUUACAGCCUUUGAGCCCAACAGGAUCAAUCCCUGGUCUAGCCGACGGUCAAUACUACAGCGGCCAGGCGGGAGACACUAUCCCUCCGCCCCUGGAUAUCGAUCAGAUUUUUAACAGCGGCGAUUACUUUGCCAAUCACGGCAAUGGUGAUAUUGGGUUCAAUAAUGACAAUACACUUGGCUCUGGUAUCAACUUUGACUUUGACGACUCAAAUGCGACCCACAACGCAUACCAAGAGAAUACCGACCGGCCAGACCGUGUUGUCGAAACUACAAGUAAUAACAGCGCAGCAGCUAGCCCGGCUAAUCCCGUUGUUGAAGACGUCACCAACGAGAUUACUCCGCGCAAGCGGCGGAGGAAUGACUCCUAA